AUGGAAUGCGAAGCAUAUGAUGAAAUUGAAGAACAAGCAGUUGACCUUAGUGCAGACUCAAUGACAAAGGAGGACACUGUUAAUGUCCAGCAACAGAACCCAGAACUUGACAGCCAGGAAGAAGACUUCGACGCCAUUUUUGUGGACAUAGUGGGGUCAAUCUCAGAGUACUACAAGCAUGAAAUAACCCCUACCCAUGAGAAAAUCCAACAGCUGAAAGAAGCAGUUGACUAUUGGAUUGAAAAGGCAGAUACUCGAAGGGAUAUGAUGCCGACUGCUAUAGAAUCCUGCAUAAAGAAAAAUUCAUUCAUUCAACAAAUAUGGACUGAAAAAGAAGAGUUGGAGCAACAAAUUGAAAUACUGAAAAAGCAGCUUGAGCAAGAGAAAAAGAAGGUGCAAAAUUACAAGGGGAACUUCAUGCACUCAAAUCAAAUAGAAGACAGCUACAGGAACAACAUGAACUACUUGAAGGGGAAAAAGUUGUCCUGCACUGAAAGCAUGAAAGAAAAAGACAUUGUUAUUGCCUCUUUGCAACAUGUGAUGGGAAAAAAAUUCAAACAAGGUGAACAAGGAGAAAUUACGAUGAAAGAACAAGCUGAUAAGGAGAAAAAAGAUGAGAGAAUAGCAUAA